CUAAUCAGUGGGCAGAGUCUUUGGAUUGAAUGAAAACCUGCCGAUUGUCUCAUGGCGUGGGAGAAGUGUUUCCCCUGGAGACUGAAGGCUCCCAUCCCCCACUGUUUGCCGACCUACAUUAGCUGUCGCUAAGUGACUCAUUGAGAGAGGCAAAGAAUAAUGCACAAAUGGUUGUUGUGAUUACCUGUGUGGGGAUCAUUAUUUAUCACCCAACUCCCAUUCCACCAUCCCCCCUCUCGGAUUCCCCUCCCCCACUGUAUCGCUCUCACUCCCCUCCCCCCUCAAGACUGCAGCCCAACCAGAAGCUUCAAAGGCGGGUUUUACUCAGCAGAGCAGUUCAAGAGAAAAUGGCUGCUGUUUCCAGAUCUUGUUUGCACAUCUGUCAGGAGGUGACUGUUCAGGAGAAAAUGGGGUCCCCGGAGUGAGCCCAGCCUUCCAACAUACCUCCUCCUUUUCAUUGGGCUAAGAUGAGUAUUACCAGUGACGAAGUGAACUUCUUGGUCUACAGAUACCUCCAAGAAUCAGGUUUCUCCCAUUCAGCAUUCACCUUUGGCAUUGAGAGCCACAUCAGCCAGUCUAACAUCAAUGGAACACUAGUGCCCCCUGCAGCUCUCAUCUCCAUCCUGCAGAAAGGGCUUCAGUAUGUGGAGGCAGAAAUUAGCAUCAAUGAGGAUGGUACAGUCUUCGAUGGUCGGCCAAUCGAGUCGCUGUCGCUCAUUGACGCGGUGAUGCCAGACGUGGUGCAGACGCGGCAGCAGGCCUUUCGCGACAAGUUGGCCCAGCAGCAGGCGGCCGGUGCCAUGGCAGCUUCAACCUCUGGAAACCAGUCCAACGCACCAAAGAAUGGAGAAGCCACUGUCAAUGGGGAGGAAAAUGGCACUCACAACAUGAAUAACCACAGUGAGCCCAUGGAGAUGGAUGUAGAUGUGGCGAUACCAGCCAGUAAAGCCACAGUGCUCCGAGGCCACGAGUCUGAAGUGUUCAUCUGUGCCUGGAACCCUGUCAGCGAUCUGCUGGCCUCAGGCUCGGGGGAUUCCACCGCCAGGAUCUGGAACCUGAACGAGAAUAACAACUCCAACUCCACCCAGCUGGUGCUGCGCCACUGUAUCCGAGAAGGUGGCCAGGAUGUCCCCAGCAACAAAGACGUCACCUCACUAGACUGGAAUAGCGAUGGGACUCUACUGGCAACGGGCUCGUAUGAUGGAUUUGCCAGGAUAUGGACAAAGGAUGGAAACCUGGCAAGCACCUUGGGACAGCACAAAGGGCCCAUAUUUGCACUCAAGUGGAACAAGAAGGGGAACUCUAUUCUCAGUGCUGGUGUAGAUAAGACGACAAUCAUUUGGGACGCACACACAGGAGAAGCCAAGCAGCAGUUCCCUUUUCACUCAGCCCCAGCACUGGAUGUCGACUGGCAGAACAACACCACCUUUGCCUCCUGCAGCACAGACAUGUGCAUCCACGUUUGUCGCCUUGGCAGCGACCGGCCCCUCAAGACCUUCCAGGGCCACACGAAUGAAGUUAACGCCAUUAAGUGGGAUCCAUCAGGUUUGCUUCUUGCCUCCUGCUCAGAUGACAUGACCUUAAAGAUAUGGAGUAUGAAGCAGGAGUCCUGUGUCCAUGACCUCCAGGCUCAUAGUAAAGAGAUCUACACUAUCAAAUGGAGCCCCACAGGUCCCGGAACCAGCAACCCCAACUCCAACAUCAUGCUCGCAAGCGCCUCUUUCGACUCAACAGUACGUCUGUGGGAUGUUGAGCGGGGAGUUUGUAUUCACACGCUGACCAAGCACCAGGAACCUGUCUACAGCGUGGCCUUCAGCCCCGAUGGCAAGCACCUGGCUAGUGGCUCCUUCGAUAAGUGUGUCCACAUUUGGAACACCAUGACCGGAGCAUUGGUGCACAGCUACAGGGGUACUGGCGGUAUUUUCGAGGUGUGCUGGAACAGCACUGGGGACAAAGUUGGUGCUAGUGCUUCAGACGGCUCGGUAUGUGUUCUUGAUCUCCGAAAAUAGCUGACUUGAGACGUUGAUGAUGAAUCCUGGAAUGUGCAGCAAAUUGCCUUCUUCUGACAGCAGCAAAACACACACUCAUUGCUCAAGAAGAGCUGUAAGGUGGAGCGAAACAAAACCCCUCACAGGAGCCAACACCAACUGACUUCAGUGCACCUUACUGUUUGACGUGUUUUUUAUAAAACGCCUAUUGGAAACAUAAUGGAAGCUGUUUAAGAGAUCCCCAAGAAUGGACUGAAUCCAACUCCCUGGGUGCAUCCAUGUUGUAAAAGAUUUCUAAUGAGAAAGUGCCGGGAACCCUCCGGGCCACUGGUCCAGCUGUUAUUGGGUUAUAAGGGUUGGAAAAAAAAGAGGAAAUUUUUUAAAGGGGAAAGUGUUUUUUUAGAGGUGUGAAAGGCAACCCCAUUAUGAAAAAAAGGGUUUUGGGUUUUUUUUGAAUUCCCCCUGGGGGAAAAAGGUUUCGUUAGGCCCAAAAAAACCCAAAUGGGGCCUUGAUAAAAGAAACAAUACGGGAAACAGGUAUUGUCUGUUUGGGCAGGGUGUUUAAAUUUUCUUCCCAGGGAAAUAGUUUGUUUCAAGAGUACUUCUUUUUUUUUUCCCCCCCCAGAUGGCCCUUUUUAAAAAUUUAAAAAAAUUUAAGUGCCCUACAAGGCGUUUUUUACUCCUGUUUAACAUCAGGUCAACAAAAGGAAAGCCUGCCAAGAACAGUCCUAACCUCCUAAAAUGACCUACCCAAUUCACUCGAGGUUUGAUAAUGUCAUUUUAUGGUCAAGAUGUGAAAAGUGUGGUUUACAAAGACUUUUCCCUUUUUGGAUGUAAAUUUCAGAAUGUAAAGAUAUGUAAAUUAGAUUAAUACACAGACUUAUAUACUGUGUAUAUAUGUUUAUAUACAGUACACUUUAUUGCCAUCCUGUAGGGGCUCAUUAAUGGCUAGCGCUGUCAAACUUUUUCUGAUAAAACUUGGGCAAACCCCCCCUUUUUAAAAGAAGGCAUGUGUUAAUGCUUCUUUUUAAAGCCCUUUUUUAAUGGGCAAAUCGUAAACCAAUGCCUUGAGUUGAUUAUUUUUCAGUGAAACCCCAAAUGGCGUUGACACAGUAGUUAAACAAAAUUUUCUUUCCCUAUUUAUCCCUGGGAAACCAUGGGAAAAAAUGGAAACACCCCCAUUACCGGGUUCCCCCGGGAAUUAUCUGGUCAACAAUAUGGGAGAGAACAGUCAUCACAGUCUCCUGCCUGGCUUCUGCCAAAACGUUGCAUUGUAUGUGGAA